AUGCACGCCUAUGCUCGUUUACAAUCGCGAAUGAUUGUUGGUCUGGGCUUGUCCGAUGGUGAGGGGACGGAGAGACUUUGGUCAAGAUUCGUUCGACUGAUCGGCAUACAGCGGUCAUCUUCGAGACAACGUCGUCUGUGGUUAAUCGAUCGGCACGCUGGAGCAAUUGGUCUUGAGAUGCGUGCUGAUCUCGGGGACUGGAUUAGGCGACGACUCAGGUGUGGUGUGGAGGAUCAAGGUACAGCUGCACGGAAGCUUCUCGAGGAGUGUGAAGUUGCCGACACCCGUGAUGCAAUUGAAAGUCUUGAACGAGUGCAUGAGCGUCUAAUGCACAAAGUGGAAGUAUUAUAUGCUUCGCUCAACGUUCAGGACAGGUUCCCGGAACUAGACGGCUUGAACCUCGAGUUUGUUCGAACACUGCUAUUAGCAUGCGAUCUCAAGAUGAACAUUCGCAAGCGUGCCAUUGGCAGCUUCUUCGAGUGGGAUAAGCUUGAUCGUGCAGUAGGAGGGUCACAGCAAGCACUCGGUACAAAACUCCACCAACAGACUCGAAAAGCGAUCGCAAAACGCCAGCCAGCAUUAAUGGCUGCUCUCCGUAAAUUCAACGCCUAUUGUGAGCGUCUGGAAGCCCUUUAUGAUCCGCAUUGCGGGAUUCCUCUUCCCACACCUCUCCCGACAAGACUAGCCGACCUACGCAACGAUCAGAGUUUGAUGGAAGAUAUAUGGAUCACACCUUCCACUGGAAAGGUCCCCCGCUGGUUGGAUGAUCAAGACGUUCGCGAUGGCAUUCGUGCAAUGUUGAAGAGAGAUAGAUGUGUUGAAGAGCAGCAACGUCUUGGUCUGGAGGCGGACAAUCUCUGCAGAUGGUUCGGCGACGAGCUCUCAGCACUAGAACUCGCCCUUUUGACACCAGGUUAUGAAAAAUUCCUUGUCCCACUUCGCCAGCAACAGGAGCACCUUCAGUACAUCCAGACUCGUUGGACGACCUCACUUGCAUCUGCGGCACGAUUUGCAUCUCGCGCAACUGAUGCUGUAUCUUUGGCCCGGAAGCUCUCAGGCGUCUCAGAGGAGCGUCCGCUUCAUUGGAUCAAUACGUAUGCUGUCUCUUAUGUUGUACCUACCGAAGACGAAGAGCCUGGAUCAGAAACAUUUUCUGACGCCGAUCACACAGCUUUGCAACCUGAAGAUGCUGCCCUUGUGGACAUUCUGACUGCCGGAGUCCCUGGUUGUGAGGAUGAUGAUAUCGACAUCGUCGUGAAUGAUCCCGGAGCCGAACUUUGUUGGCGAAUCCCUGAAGUAGCAUGA